UAACUAAGAGUAGUUACUCGUAGGCUAAGCUAAGCUACAGUAGUGGUAUUCUCUCAUUUAAUAGGAGUGUGAUUCGUGUGUGUUUGUUAUCCGUGUCUGUCUCAAGCAUUGUCAUGGCUAAUGAAGGAACAGAGUAUGAACCAGGGAAACUGUUUGUGGGUGGUCUCAGUUGGGAGACAACCAAAGAAAAUCUGAAGCAGUACUUUCUUCAAUUUGGGGAGAUUUCUGAUAGUACCAUCAUGAUGGAUAGGGUGACUCUAAAACCAAGGGGUUUUGGGUUUGUAACUUUUACGAACCCUGAUCAUGCUGACGCUGCCCUCCAACACCCGGGCCCUCAUAUGAUUGACAACAAACCGGUGGACCCCAAGAAGGCCACCAAGAGUGGGCAGUCAACAGCAGAGCCACAACGUGCAGAGACUAUGUCCAAGCCCCUCAAAGUGUUCCUCGGUGGCCUGCCCAGUGAUGCCACAGUUGAGGAUAUUCAAGCUGAACUCUCCAAGUUUGGACCCAUCAGUGGUAGUGCUGAUGCUGUCGAGAUCAAGAUGGACCCCAAUACCCAGAGGUCACGAGGGUUUGGGUUCGUGACCUUUGAGACUGAGAGUGCAGCACAGGCGGCUGUCAAGGAACAUUUUGUUUAUCUAGGUCCAAAACAAGUUGAGGUCAAGAAGGCAGAGGAUCAGAAAGCGAAGGGGGGCAAGAGCUACCCUCAAGGUUAUGGAGCUAGUCGGAUGUACGGUGGGGGCUACCCUAACCCUGGUGGCUAUUCUCAGAUGACCCCUCAACAACAGCAGCAACAACAGGCUGGAGCCUAUGGCUAUGGCUCUGGAGCUGGCUACCCAGCAGCCUACCAGGCUCAAUGGAGUGACUACAAUUAUGGAGGGGGCUCUGCUGGCGGUGCUGGCUACUACCCUACACCUCAGGGCUCCAACCCUGCAUCCAGCUACAAUGGAGGGGCCUAUGCUAGCACAGGCGGCUACAACUCUUCUCGUACUGACUCUACUGGAGCGUAUGCCUCUGCUGUCCCUCAGGCUCAGGGAUACAACUACUCACAGUCUCAACAGCCUCAACAAGCGCUGUAUGGUUAUGGUCAGCAGCAGGGAUCCGUGUCUGUCUCAAGCAUUGUCAUGGCUAAUGAAGGAACAGAGUAUGAACCAGGGAAACUAUUUGUAGGUGGUCUCAGUUGGGAGACAACCAAAGAAAAUCUGAGGGAAUAUUUUAUUCAGUUUGGGGAGAUCGCUGACUGUACUGUAAUGUACAACAGUGAAAACAAGCACAGGGGCUUUGGGUUUGUGACGUUCAGUAAUCCAGCCAUUGCGGAUGUUGCCCUCCAGUAUAAGACCAAGGGUGGUCCAGGAUCUACUGAAGAGGGUCACUUCAUUGAUGGGAAGAAGGUGGACCCCAAGAAGGCCAUCAAGAGUGGACAGGCUCCCAAAGUCAAAUUGUUUUUAGGUGGUAUCCCAGAGAAUACAUCUGCAGACGAUAUAAGGAGAGUGUUCUCAGUGUUUGGUCCUAUUCCUGUGGAGGGAGUUGAACUAAAGUACGAUAAAGAGAGUGGAAAGUGUAGGGGAUUUGGGUUCUUGACCUUUGAGAGACAACAAGACGCAGACAGGGCGAUGCUUGAGCGAUAUGUUGAAAUCAAUGGCAAGAGGGUGGAGGUCAAGAAGGCGGAGAAUAGCAGCAAACCAAUGGGGGGCAAGAGCGGUUACCCUCAAGGUUAUGGAGCUAGUCGGAUGUACGGUGGGGGCUACCCUAGCCCUGGUGGCUAUUCUCAGAUGACCCCUCAACAACAGCAGCAACAACAGGCUGGAGCCUAUGGCUAUGGCUCUGGAGCAGCUGGCUACCCAGCAGCCUACCAGGCUCAAUGGAGUGGCUACAAUUAUGGAGGGGGCUCUGCUGGCGGUGCUGCUGGCUACUACCCUACACCUCAGGGCUCCAACCCUGCAUCCAGCUACAAUGGAGGGGCCUAUGCUAGCACAGGCAGCUACAACCCUUCUCGUACUGACUCUACUGGAGCGUAUGCCUCUGCUGUCCCUCAGGCUCAGGGAUACAACAACUACUCACAGUCUCAACAGCCUCAACAAGCGCUGUAUGGUUAUGGUCAGCAGCAGGGUUACAGUGGUCGAUCCCAGGAACAGCAAGGCUACAACAAUGGCUUCCCCAGCCGGCAGUGAAGAACAGAGAAUGAACCUGACAUGCUUGAACACUUGUCUUUACAGUAGUCAAUUGUUACGUAAAUAAAUUAUUGUACAAACGUGAAACAUGAUUCAUAAUAAUAAUUAUUGUUAUAAAGUAAA